UCCUGGCCAAGCGCACAGAAGGAAACAGCGUAACACUUUUUAGUGAGAUAAUUGCUGUUUUGCGCUUUCGUUUCAAGAAAAUUGGCACAAUGGGAGAGAGAGAGUCUGUGGAGAGAGAGAUGGGCCUACACAUUCCCUUCUACCCUCUCCCCGAGGAAAUACAACAGAUGGAGAGGUCGGAGACUGUCUGUCAGUACUGCGGUGUGAGUUAUCUCAUCCUCCACGAGUUCCAGCUCCUCCAGGACAGGUUGGCCCAGGUGGAGACAGAGCUCCAGAACCAGAGAGGGGCCACAGAGAGAGAGAGAGCCCAGAGAGAGCUGCUGGAACUGGGCAGAGAGGAGUGGGAGAGGGCUCUGAGAGAAGAGAUCCAGAGAGGGUCCACGGAGAAAGAGAAAGUCCUGAGAGAAGAACAUGAAAAGAGGUUUGAAGAGAGGAGAUUCCUAAAUGAGGAGAUAGAAAAAAGGAGUGAGGAGAGAUGGAGAGUCCUGAAAGAAAAACUCCAACAGUCCAACACUCAUCUGGAGGAACAGAGGGAAGACCUACAUCAGCAGGAAGAGAGGCUGAAGCGUGUGGGUUUAGAGCGAGACAUGACAGAGGGGCUGCUGUGUAAAGAGAGAGAGCUCUGCCAACAGCUCAGACAGAGGUGCGUAAGACAGCAGCAGGCCCUGACUGCCACCUUGUCUCUGCUUCGAUGCUCUCGUGAGGAGCUAAGAGAUGUACAGGGUUUCCUUAGCCAACUGACAGGGGCCUGGGAGGACUGCAGUUCACAGCUACUGGAGAGGAGCAGGGAGUCAUACUCAGUGCUCAGGGAGGAGCUGAGGAGUGUGUGUGUCGAACUCCAGAGGAUCAGGACGGAGAGAGAGAACGUGGAGCAGAAACUCAUAGCUCAGAGCAGAAAGACAGAAGAGCUGGUGAACCAACAGACACACUCCCAGGGGGAGCAGAGAGACACACUUCUCAGGCUGUCCCAAGAGCUCAGGGAGAAGGAGGAAGGCUGGUUGUCAUGCCAAUGCAGGUGUGACUCUCUACAAUCACAGCUGUUGGCAUGUCAACAGAGAGAGGAGGAGGCAACCCGGAAGUACUCUGUGGCUGAGCAAGAAGUGGACGCUCUGAGGAGAAAACUAGAACACGCCCAACAGAAGAGCAAAGACCUGAGGAGAGACAGUGAGAGGAUGAUGGAGUCCCAUCGUAAAGCCUUGAACAAGAUGGAGGAUGACUACAGACAGGAGCUGCCCUUCAAGCUACAGGCGGCUCUGGAGGAGCAGAGGACCCAGAAUGCUGUGCGUCUGAAGGAGCAGGAAGAGGAGCUAAAGAGGGAGGCGGGGUUAGAGCUGGUGAUUGACAGGGAGAAGAGUCGGGAGCUGCUGCUGCAGUACCAGAGAGAGAAGGAGCAGCUGCAGAGGAAGCUGUCCUCCCAGGUCCACUCAGCCACACAGGAGCUCAGAGAGGAGGUGCAGAGGCUGAGGGAGGUGCAGGAGGAGAGGAGCACUAAAGAGGAGAGGCUACAGCGUGUACUACAGCACUCCCAGCAACAGGGGGCGCUAGAGCUGAGCCAGGCCAGAACAGAACUGCAGCUACUGAGAGGAGAGAACACUGGACUACAGGACGAGGUGGUAUUGCUUCAGGAGACAGUGAGGAGAGAGUGUGAGGAGAGAGGGGAGCUGACCGCUGCUCUUACCCAAGCUAGAGAGCAGCUCCUGGUGCUACGACGCCAAGCCUCGCCCCUGGAUCUCUCCCACCUCCAAGGCAAACACCCCCAGACAGACUUCCCACAUUCCCAGACCAAAGUCCGACUGCCCCUCACCCGCUCCCUCGCACCCCAGCACACACUGAGACCCUCGCCCCCUUACACAGCCACGGGGGGGAGAGAAGGGGGAGGCGUGGGGAGGAGUGUGGCAUCCUGGCAUGGUAGUGGGGGAGAGGCGGGGGAGAAAGGGAGAGGGGGAGAGAGAGGGGGGAACCUGCCCAAACUGAGGUCCAGCAGUGAGGUCAAACACAGAGUUAAUCUGGUGAUGGGGAGGAAGGAGAGAUCCUGAAACACACUGUGUUACUCACACAGAUAUUUAGGAAAAGACAUGAAAAGUGCCACACACACAUAUAGAUGGUCACCUACGCUCACAGGCAGAUGAUACACUGUUGGCUGAGAAUUCUGCUUCAAUAAAGUUCACAGAAACUCACACUCCAUCCCAGAGACAAACACACUUGAGUUCACACACACAUUCAAACAGCCUCCCUCAGUCAGUUUCAAUGGCACGCAACAGCUUUCAAACAAGCACACACUCACACUCCAUCACGGGGCCAGGAGAGUAGAAGCAUGACAGCACAUCCCCUGCCACCCGCAGACACAAACAAAGGCCUGACAUGCACUCACUGCAGCACACACACACACACACACGGACACACACACACACGGACACACACACACACACGGACGCACACACACGGACACACUCGCAUGCACAUGCGUGCACAUACACUCAUCCUCUCGAUUUGUCUCAGAGCUUUCUCUGAUACAGAUGUGCUAUAACUCACUCACACACACACUAACGCUCAAAGAGCAUUGUCCCUCACAGGGAUAGUUUCACUCACUCACAGCAACAUAAAGGUCAUGACCAAAGAGCCUAUUAUCUCUCUAAUGAUCUAUCAAUGACUGGAACACACACACACACACACGCCUGUCUGAAUAUUGGUAGUGGAGCUAUGGCACAGCAGUCACACACACAUUGUCCUCCUGUGUGGCUUUGUGAAAAAGCAUCCCAUAAUAUCUAUUGAUGUUUUUUUGUGCGACUCUUUGCGUCGCUGUUCCUGGUGCUCACGUUCUCCCUCCAGAUGCACUCCUGACCUUUCACCUCUCCUUUCAUCUCCUCCUCCCUAUCGCCCCGCGGCCUCGCGCCUCACUUCCUGCUGCCGUGACCUCCACUUCCUGAAACUCCUCUACCGCUCUUUGAAGAGGGCAGGUCUUUCAACACGGACCAGAGAGUUAUAAACACACUGCUCGCACUCUCUGUCUCUCUGUCUCUCUCUCUCUACGCUCUCUCUCCCUGUCUCUCUCUCUCUCUCUCUGUCUCUCUCUCUCUCUCUGUCUCUCUCUCUCUCUCUCUCUCUCUCUCUCUCUCUCUCUACGCUCUCUCUCUCUCUACGCUCUCUCUCUCUGUCUCUCUCUCUCUCUCUCUCUACGCUCUCUCUCUCUCUACGCUCUCUCUCUCUGUCUCUCUCUCUCUCUCUCUCUCUACGCUCUCUCUCUCUGUCUCUGUCUCUCUCUCUCUCUCUCACUACCUUUCUGCCCCCAUCUAUGUCUCUUCCUUCCACCCUCUCUGUGCCAGUCUCCUUUUCUUCCUGUGAUUGUGGGUAUGUAAUGGGUGGCCUUGUAUGUACGUUUGUUUUGGGUGACCAUGUCUCAGUGAGGGAGAGGUAUGCAGUGGGAAUGGACACUGCUGUUCCCACACUGGGGCAGUCCUACAAGGAAGGAAUUAGUCACUAGUCACCUUAGUCACUAAGGCCUGCUUAGGGAGCGGUCGAAAUGUACACACUUGUUACCCAGAGGAAAAUGGGGGAGGGGCAUGCUAUUUCAAUGUCAGUCAGGGGGAGUGUUGAGUGUUUGUCAUUUAGUCCAGGGGAGGGUCAUGUCAUUUGUAAUUGAUUAAAUGUCAUAUUGCUCAGUGUUUAUUUGCUUAUUAUAUCUCGAUGUGUGACCGAUGCUGCCCCUCAUCCCUGAUUCUCUGCUGGGCACGCAAUAUCAACUGUGCCUAGUGUGGUCGUAAUCAAAUGAUCCACUACCUAUACUAUAGGUUAUAGGCCUAGUCUAUACGAAGAGCACGCUCAGAGAAGGACACAGUUAUGUUGCUUAGAAAAUGUACUUUCUUCCCGAGUUUUUACGUUGCUGGGAUGGUGUAAAACCUGGCUACACUGCAUUACACAGCAAUGGAUAGGCUACACCAAUCAUGAGCCCUGGCUUGCUCUGGCUGAGGAAACCCCUGCUGACCAAUGGCUGUGCUGUGUAUGGUGGCACUUCAGUAAGCGAGUCAAAGGCUUCCUCCAAAAAAAUUGCAAUAUCUGUGCGUGCGGACUAGGCUAAUUAAUGUCCUGUUCAGUUUGAGAGGGAGAGCGUGAAGAUGAGAAUACCUAAUCAGUUGUACAACUGAAUACAUUCAAAUGUGUCUUCUGCGUUUACCCCCUCUGAAACAGAGAGGUGCUGCCUUAAUCCACAUCCACGUCGCCCGGGGAACAGUGGGUUAACUGCCUUGCUCAGGGGCAGAACAACAAAUUUUUACCUUGUCUGCUCGGGGUUUCGAUCUAGCUGUCACGUUCCUGACCUGUUUUCUGUUGUUUUGUAUGUGUGUGAUGGUCAGGGCGUGAGUUUUGGGUGGGCGGUCUAUGUUUUCCGUUUCUAUGUUGGUUUUGGGUUGCCUGGUAUGGCUCUUAAUUAGAGGCAGGUGUUUUGCGUUUUCCUCUAAUUGAGAGUCAUAUUAAGGUAGGAGGUUCUCACUGUUUGUUUGUGGGUGAUUGUCGCUGUGUCUGUGUAUUUUGCACCACACGGUACUGUCUCGUCUCGUUCGUUCGGUCGUUCCUGUUUAUUGUGUUCCUCGUUUCAUGUAAGUUCAUAGUUUAGGUCUGUCUAGUUCGUUUUGUUAUUUUGUAAAUCAUUCAAGUGUAUUUCGUUUCGUGUUUUUCCGUCUUGUCAAUAAAACAUUAUGUAUUCAUCACCCGCUGCGCCUUGGUCAACUCACUCACCGAAAGAGAGCCGUUACACUAGCAACCUUUCGGAUAGUCUCCUAAUACUCCUACACGCCAGGCUAGAAAACAGAAGGGAAGCUACUGCUAUAAUGGAUUUGAAUAAAAACCAUAUGUUUGUUGCCCAUAAUGAAGCCAUUUAUCAGUUAUUGACCUCACAAUAAAUCCUAUUUGAGUAAUUUACUUAACUUACAUUACUACGAAGACUAAUGGCUAACUCGAGAAGGUCCAGUUCAUUGUAACAGUCUUCAUCUGAUUUUGACUUUAGGCUAAUAACAACACUAGGGCUUUGUGUUGGAGCCUAUUUCUUCCAAUUCAAAAAAUAAGAAGUAUGCUUACCUGUUUGACUUAAUAAAUGAUUGUCUAACUAUCCAUCGAUUUUUGUCAGCCAAUUCCUUCAGUCACCAUACACUCCUUAAAUAUUCUGGUGUUAGUGAAGGGCUUGGUGUGUUAAGUUAAAACCAGGGCUCGAAUUGAGGGUGUAUGUGAGGGGGUUUGUGAGGGUAUUGUGAGGGUAUUGUGUCUCUUGUUAAGGAAAAUGUAAGCUUAAUAUUUUGAAAACAAUUAAAUGGGACUAAUUAUAUAAAGUGAUCUAUAAUGACGCUUUAGUCUGCAAAGCUUUAUGGGAUAUGUUUGGUCUGUCUCUGACAUUCAGUGGCUGUGCUACAAUCUUCUAUAGCCGGGGAGACACAACAUUUACUUUGCUUGGGGAGUAGUGUGUGAUUCUGUCACUAUCAAUUGACGUUCAACAUUUCAACAGGCUAUUAAACAACAUACUAACUCUAAAUCAGUGAGGAACGCGCCAGGUAGCCUAUGAAUUAAUUAUUUAAGUUAUGUUAUUAUUAUUUAAAGGAUAUAGCCUGCCAUUUAAGAAAUAAAUCGUGAAGCGUUUGUAACACACUAGAAGCUGGCAGGAGCCGAUACAUUUCGCAUUUAGGGUGUAUAAAAUGAAAUGUUAAAUCAUUAUUUAAUAGAAUUAAAUAACAAUGACAUGAAAAAUAUCUUAUUAGUCUGUAGUCAUUCUACAGUGAUUCUACCUUUGAAUUCCCUUUUAGAAACAUAAGUUUGUUUGGCCAGUCUUUGGUUUGAGGAUCGUGUGGUGAGCUAUGCAUGCCUGGUUUGUUCAUUUGGUCGAGCAGAUGCUCUGAUAUUCCCAUGCCCUAAUCACAGUCAAUAAACAUCUAUUUUCAAACAAAAAUGUCAUGGAAUAAAAUAAAAUAAAUUAGAAAAGUAUAGUUUCACAAAGGAAAAAAGUUACAAGUGCAUACAGAUCUACCUAAUGAUAUGCGG